AUGCUGAUAUCCUCAGGCCGAUGCACAGAUUUUCCUCAGUUUCAUUUCAGUGGUGUAUUGCGCGAACGACUGAGUGUUCGUGCAAUUCCUGCCGAUUUUGGAGUUUCAGCGGUCACACCUGACACGACCAUUGAGAAGAACCCAUGCCUUAUUCGCCUCGUCGCCCUUCAGUCUUCGUCAUCGCGUUCAUCGGGGUCGUUCGGUCAGUCAUAUGGCUGGCAAUGCCACGGGGUCGACGGCGGUCCCCCCCUUUCUCGUGGCUUUUGGCCGCCUGACUGCACCCUGUUCGAGGAAACGACUCAGUUUUUAACCCUUGCCUUUGAACCGUUCUCUGUGCCGUGGGCGAACGAAUUCCGCCACGUUUUUCAGUCUCUCUCGGCGGCCGGCAGCCUGCGUUCGUUUUUUGCUACAGACCAAUGUUUUUUCCUCGACCGUGAACUCGUUGACGCUCAGUUACCGAUGAAACUUGCUUCGCUGACCAUCGUCAAAGCUCUGUGUUCCUCAAAGACCGUGUUUCCUCAGGUGCCUGAAGGACCCCAUGACACAAGGAUGAUGUCGAUCGUAGUAGCCGCCGGUCACACGUACGGAGCCAGGUUUUGUGUCAUGCUUAAAGUUCAGGCAGUGAUGGAAAGCGGCCGUCCGAUGAGGCGGUCCGGAGGCGAAAAGGUUCAACGGCCGGCACGGAGUGAAACAAAAAACGCGCCAAUUAAGAAGCGGAAACACUUGUUCAAAUUGGAACACGUUUACAGCGAUUAUUCGAGAAAUCCAAACCGAAAUCUGAUGGGCGGAAGUGUACUGCACGCCAUCAAACCGAUAGCGGUUUCACAUGACCGACAGCGAUGCCGUGAGUAUGCCCGUGUGUCGGGAGAGUUGCAGUUUUCUCUGGAACAAUUGGUGCACUUGAGCCUAAAGGCCGAUACGGCGAUUACCAUACCAUGCUUGUGCAACGUCGUGAAACUAACUUCGCCUCCCCUCGAUCGUCCGUUCGUCCCUUGGUCGGUCGUCGGUCGGUCGGCCGUUUUUCGUCUGGCUUGGCGAACUCGUUGUCUGUUACAGGGGACACCGCCAAACGGCUGCCAGGCGUCCAGCGUUAUUGGCGCCACGUGGUUCCUGUCGUCGGUCGGCCACCCCCCCCCUCGUUGGGGCGAUGACCGUGGCGUCUAUGUCGCCGCGUUGGCAGUUAUGACGCCGCGGUUUUGGCACUCCUCAGAUGGGCAGGUAGAGUUCUCCGUGCGCCACCGUAAUUGCGAUCGAGUUUGA